AUGCCAGCCCCAUCCAUCCUCCUCCUCGGCGCAUCAGGCUACCUCGGCGUCCCUCUCCUUGCCGAAUUCCUCACCCACCGCUCAAAAUUCUCACGUCUCGCAAUCCUAACCGACGAGUCUCGAAAACACAAGUUCGAAGAUGCCAAAGCCAAGGGCGUGGAACUGAUAAUCGGAUCUUAUCUUGAGCCUGAUUCCUUCAAAGGGUUCAACACAGUCCUCUCCCUCCUCGGAAACCACGCCAUGGCCGACCAACCCUCCAUAAUCAAGGCCUGUCUCGCCGCAAAGGUAACCGAGUUCUAUCCGUCCGAGUUCGGUGGCGAUAGUUCUCAAGGGCCGUACGUCACGAACCGGUAUUUCGACGAGAAGAACAAGACACGGGCGUUUCUCGCCGAGACGGUGGCGAAGAAUCCGGAUUCGGGGUUCAACUAUACGCUGAUUAUGUGUGGUGGGUUUAUGGAGUAUGUGAUGAAUCCGAUUUUUGGCGGGGACGAGGAGAGUGAGACGUUUACGUUUUAUGGGAGUGGGGAGAAGAGGGAGCCGUUUACUUCGGUGGCGGAUGUGUGUCGAUAUACAGUCGCGUCGACAUUGAUGCCCAAGUCACCAUCUGGAGCACGGUCCUUCAAGAUUCCCGAGGCUUGGUAUACGUGGAGUGAGGUUAUUUCCACGAUUUCGCGUGCCAGUGGGGUUGAAUAUAAGCCUAUAUUCUUGCCGAAUGAGGAGGCGGUCGAGAAAGCAAAGCAAUUUAAAGAGAGUGGCGAUGCGGAUGGCGAGCUUACGUUUUCUUUGAAAGCACUGAUUGGGAGCUUAGGAUUUGAAGCUGUCCCAGAGCCAUGGGAUAAUGAUAAAUUUCCGGAGAUUGUGCCAGUGAAUUUGGAGACUGCUUUGAAGCAGUAUUUUGCAAAAUCUAAACCUGAAGUUUAG